AUGCAGCAACAGCACGAAGAGCAGCGGCAAUCGCUGCAGCAAGCAAGUUGUACAGGGACACGAGACGAGCAGCGUGUGCAGCAGCAACGCACCCUCUGGCAGCAGCAACAGCAGCAACAGCCGCAACCGCAGCAGCACCAGCAGCAGCACCACCACCCUGAUUGGACCUGGACAUCACCAUCCGCGCAACCUCUAACUGUCUCAUCUCAGUACUACACCCCCGCCGAUGAUUACCAGCAGGAUCCGCUGCAGCUCCAGCUGCAGCAAGUGCAGCAGCAGCAUGACCUGGCGCUCCAGCAGCAACCUCCCGGGGCGCCACAAAGUGUAAUUGCUGGGCCAGGGCAGCAGCAAGAGUGGCAUGUGGGCAACUCGAACUAUCCCCUGCAGCCCCAACUGGUCUACCCGCAGCAACAGCAGCAGCUGCAGCAGCAGCAGUUGCUGCAUCAGCAGCUGCAGCAGCAGCAGCAACUGCUGCUCCUGCAACAGCAGCAGCAGGAGGAGCAGCAAGUGCAGCUGAUGACGAUGCUGCAGCAACAGGAACAGCGAAUCCUUCACCGGGAGCACCAGCUGCGGGCAAACGACACGUUCAGCAACUCCGCGGUGCAGGAAGCAACGACAGGAGGAGGAGGAGGAGGAGGAGCAGCAGCAGCAGCAAACGACUCCCUGCACAGAACAAAGGAGUCUUAUGCUCCUCCCCAACCCAGCCGAAUGCACUGGGGCACACAGCAGCAGCAGCAGCCCCAGCCCAUAGAAUAUUUCACCGCUCCUGCGGGCUUCCCGGAAUAUUCGCUUCGAGGGCAAGGCCCUUUGUCCUCCAUGUACACGGCAGGCGCCGCAUUGCAGCAGCAGCAGCAGCAGCAGCGCUUGCGACGUCACGUGAUAGCAGGACACAACAGGCCUCAGUCAGCGACCGUUGCUGCUGUGGCUUCGAUGAAAGGGAAUUUGAAGGGGAAGGGGCGUUGUUGGGGUGUAUCGCGCGCAGUGGUGGUGGGGUGUACGUACACCCGGCACCAGAACUACAAUCUGCGGGGCCCUGCAAACGAUGCACAUCUCUUCGCCCAUGCACUUGUGCAGCUGAUGCGAGUAGAGCCUGACGACGUGCUGCUGCUUUCUGAUGCUUUGCCUGAUACCCCUUACAGAGGUAGCAGAAACAGCAGCAGCGGCAGAGUUCCCAGGGCCCCGCAGCAGCAAACAGCAGCAGCAAAAGCAAACAGCAGUAAAAGCAGCAUUAACAGCAACAGCACCAGCAGCAAGGAGCAUCUAAAGGGACUCGUGCUGCACCCCACGGUGGAUGUAUCACAGCUUGAAGAUAUACAGCCAAAUCCCUCAUUGCCGACUCAGCCAACAAAGCAGAAUAUUUUAAUUGCUCUGAAUUGGCUGGUGAAAGAUGCAGUCCCUGGAGACAGGCUUUUCUUUUACUUCAGCGGGCACAGCACCCAAGUAGACAAUCUCUCUGCAUACGAAGGAGAAGGAUACGAUGAGGCGCUGCUGCCAGUUGACUUCGAUUCUUUAGGGAGCGAAGAAGAUGCAAAUUUGCUGCUAACGACUCACGUUAAAGAGGUGCUGCUGAGCGUCUCCCCCCAAGUGCACGUGUGUAUGAUCUUAGACACCUGCGGGUGUCAGACAAUACUCGACCCAGCAGGCACAGGCAGCAUGUGGACCUUCAUCAAAGCAUGGAGCCAAGUAGCUGUAGAAGCUGCUCUUCCUUCCAUUGAACUCCCCGUCCGCCUCUCUCAAGGGGGGCCCCUUGCAUUCGCUCCCCAUUUAAGUGCUUCAGAUGGAGGCAGACCAGUGGUCCACGGGAUAUUUACGUGGUGUUUGGUCUCCGUUCUCCUGGAGCUCUUCGGCCCUAACAACGCCUCCGGCGGCCGUCGGGUGUCUUAUCAGGGCCUUAUCGACCGCGUACGAAACCGCGUUAGGGACCUCAAGUGGAACCGCCUCUUUGCGCUGGACCAAAUGCCUGAGCUGACCGUACACACGGGAGGAAAUGCCUCUUUUGAUGAUUUAUUUUAUUCGUUGGGGUGGCCCGCUGCAUUCACUCCUCCUUCCUCGCCGUCUGCUGCUGCUGCAGCAGAAGGGGAAACAGGAGGAGCAGCAGGAGGAAGCAGCAUCAUAGACAGAAAGCUGCACCACACAUUUGCAGCAGCACUGACGGCUACGCAGCGGCUCAGCGCGGCUUGCUGCGUCCAGCGAGGUGACGCAGCAGCAGGAGGAGCAGCAGCAGCUGCUGCUGCUGCUCCGGAACCCCCCAAGGAAUUCAUGGAAGGCUACUCGUUCCUCGACCCAGCAAAAGCAUGGCUUGCGCUAACCUGUGGGGGCCCCAUCUUCAACUUCCGUAACAGCAGCCUUCGCUCAGCUUCCUCCAAUGCGCCCUUCUCCCUCAGCAGCAGCUCCCUGCCUGCGUCGCAGCUGGUGACAGAAGGCAUGCAGCAGCAACAGCAGCUGCAGCAGCAACUGCAGCAGCAGCAGCAGCAGCCGUACACCGCAGCAGAGUGCUUCCGCCUCGUGCAGAGCAGAGAAGACUCAGCAGAUUCUGUCGCCUCCUUUGAUACCUUCGCCCCGAAGAAACCCCGGGCAACAGCAUCAGCAGCAGCAGCAGCUGGAGGAGCUCCAUGUGCGAGAUGGGGGCCUCUAAAGAACGAAGAAGAAAUGUACCGAGAUACAGCAGACUGCGCAGCCAGCAGAAGCAGCGGAGACUCCCCUCUGCCUCCUGCAUCAUUUAAAAGCAGCAAAAAGACAGGCGUUGGCUUCCUCUACACCCCAGGGAGCACUUUGCUGCUUCCCCCUCAGAGAGGCCUCCACUCGUCGGCAGCAGCGGCAGCAGCAGGUCAGCGAAAUGGUGAGGGGGGACCUAUGGGCGGGGUGGGCCCCUCGGAAGUCUACUUACAGCAGCAGCAGCAGCAGGGUGCUGCGAGCCCUGUGGAAGCUGCUGCAACAGCACGAGAGGCGUACAUCGUUGCUGCCGCUAAACAUAUAGAAGACCGAUUUAAUGUAGAGGCAGCAAUAGGAGCAGCGAGCAACGCUGCUUACCAAGCGCACCUAAAGAAAGUGCAAGAUGUACCCCCACAGGCGCAUGCAUUAGCACAGCUUGUCAUGCAGCAGCAGCAGCAGCAGCUGCAGCAGCAGCAGCAGCAAGGAGGGGGGGGCCCCCAACCUUUAAAUCAAAACACAGCCAGGGGCCCCCUCACAAGCAAAACACGAAAAAUACCCAUAUAUGAUGCCUCCUCUCCCCCCAUCUAUGAGGCUACGCGCUCUCCUGACUGA